UGACAAGAAAGAUAAUGGGGUUAUGUUUGUUUAAAAUUUUUUCCAAUUAUAUUAUUCCUUUUAAUAUGUAUUUUUAUUAUGAAAAAAUUAAAGAGUAAAAUUGAGGAGGGACCCGAACUUUAGGUAGAGAUUUAUGUUAUUGAAUAAUUCACAUGAACUAUGGAAGUUAAUCCCCUUAGUGUAAUUUUGGUCAAAUCAGAUAGUAAGGGGGAUAGAUUGUUAUUCAGGUACCCUUUCAAUGCUAAACAAAAUAAUGAGAGGUCAGGAGCAAGAAGAAAAAAUCCAUAUACUCUAAAUGUAGUUGAGGAUCUGUUACAACCUCCACAAUCUUCCUCCAAUAUUAAUAAAGGGAACUUGAUUGGUUUGGGCGAUGAAGUAUUAUCUUCUUUAUUUGCUGUCAAAAUGGAGCUUUACAAUAAAAAAUUUGAACUUAAGGUGAACGACGUAAGGUUUGUUAGCCAUCCAACACAACUUCAAUUGAGAAAUAAGCUAAAGGAUGGCUCAGCUCAUAUGUUGAUCAAUAUUGUAUUUGCGUUACAAGCAGCAGCUAGUCAAUCAGUAGUUAAGUGUUAUCAUGAUGUAAGUCAGAGAAUGGGAAUUGCUUUGAGACAUGAAGAAAGGAGAAGGGGAUAUGUUAGUGAUCAAACGCAACUUAUGACUUCUACUCACGAUGAUGGACUACAGAAUAGCCAAGAAGCGUUUGGUAUUAUUUUGGAAACAAGUAGCCUAGCUAAAAAUAUUAAAAAAAUAUAUGAUGAUCUCUGUGGCAAUGGACUCAUAGAUAUAAGAAUAAAUGGCUGGAUUCCUUUGAGUUUUUGCCUGCCACAGAAAGCUCAUCAGUGCCAUUUAGGAGGAAAAAUUAUAGAACCUGAAGAUAUCAACAGAUGUUUGAAUGCAUUACGACCCUAUCAUAGUCUGUUGCUGUUAUAUCCUGUGACAGAAUUGAACGAUUUCUGUUCUUUAGAUGGUUCACCAACACUUAAGCGAUUGUUAUCUCAGUAUUCUCCUUUAAAGAACCUGCAAACUUUAGCACUUGAUUGUGAUCUUACACUCACCCAUGUUUUUGAAUUGACUGCUCAUUUAGUGUAUUGGGCAAAAGCAACAGUCAUAUUUCCUAUUUGUUCCACUAAUAAAUAUGUGAUAUCUCCUGAUGCACGUCUUCAUAGGAAUUCCCCAUUAAUGGAUAAAUUCAGUGAAGCUUUUCCUGGACAUAACCUAUUGAAAGUAAUCAGUGAUUACUCCCUGCCAACGUCAUUAGGGCAAAAGUGCAAUCCGUUGUUCCACCCAUCUAAGCAGAGUCAUUUGGUGCAAACCAUUAUUUGGAUGUUACAACAUCAUCUCCUUUUACAAUUGCAUACCUAUGUUCAAUAUAUGCCUUUGGAUAAUAUGAUGAGACCUUCAAAGAAUGGUUCAUCAAAGCAUAGAACUGUUAGCACACCACCUCUAAGAAGUAAUACUGCAGUAUCAAGUCCUUAUCCUGAACAUUCCAGAGCAGAAUCUGAGAGUGGAACAUCAACCGUUUCAGAAACACCAGAACCAAGAAGUGAAAUAGAUGUCAUACCCAGAAGUAUCAUGUUAGGUGACAUGAGUUUCACUUCUAAUGAAGAAGAAAAGCAGGAUUAUCAGGAGGAAUUAUUGCUGGACUUUCCCGAUGAAGAAAGAAGUUCCGUUUUCAAGAUUCCUGCGACUAAUAAUCCCGAAGAUCUUCGUCUCUUCGCGAGGCUUUGUAGAAGAAAUUACUUCAGAGGCGAGCAUCACAUCGAGGAAAUAAUGUAUUUGGAGAAUUUACGAAGGAGCCAACUCCUUCAACUUUUAGAUAAAUUUAGGGAUGUUUUGUUGACUUACGAAACUGAAGAUCCCGCCAUAGCAAUGUUUUCCUGUGCGUCAUGAUGUUUAUGGAGAAUGAGUGUUUAAAAUUUUAAUCGUAUAUUUUUCAAGUGUAAAUUAUUUUAAUGCAAUUUCAAGAAUUUGUCACCAAUGAAAAUAAUGUCAAUAAAUGAUUUUUAUAUAUAGUA